AUGGCACGCAGUUUGGAUCAACUUCCACCAGAAAUUUUGAUGACGAUAUUGGACGAGAUGUAUUUAUCACAGCUCUCGACUGUGAUCCGAGUCAACCGACAGUUUUUCAAUCUCGGCAUCCCACGCCUCUGGCAAGCGCAGAGAGACAUCUAUCUUGCCAAAGUGCCGAAGCAUCGGCGUAGGGUGUACACUCCCCUGAUCCAGGAACUUGACCUGGCCGGAUCCCCCAAAGACGUUUACGAGGAGUUCAAAGAUCUUGUGUUCCAUAAUGUAAAAGAGCUCUCGGUCACGCUGGAGGAUGAUCACGAGACUAUCGCCGACUGCCGGUAUCUAACGCACUUCAUCAAUCCUGGUCUUCAACUGCUGGAUUUGGAGGGGAGCAUUAGUGCCGACUUCUUUCUUGACGUGCAGAACCAAUGUCCUAAGCUGAGGACGGUCAGGCUCUGGCGCUGCGGUCCUUGCAUCACGCCGACCGAUUUGCUUACAUUUUUAAGUGGUCUCCCCUAUUUAGAGAGCCUGCACAUCACCAUGGAUCAUCACAACAUGACAGACUCCAAGGUCAUUGAAUUUCUGGCCACGUCUUCAACACUCGAGCAGUUGAGUCUGGAACAAAUUACCCCUGAGUUGUUAGGGGAUGCAUUGUCAGUUGAAUCGCCUUUUCCACAGUUGAAGGAAUUGGACAUUGAGAUCAACCAAGACGCAGUCCCGUCGAUGGCUAAGAUUUUUGGCUCUGUCAUGCAGCUCAGCGUGACACUGAGACCAACAGAGGACUGGGAUACACCAGAAACGGAAGUCAGAAUACGACCUCUUUCAGAACUGACGGAACUGCGAACCCUAGAGAUCUCUUUCAAUGGUGACAUGACCAUUGUACCGGAAGACCUCGUCUCUCUGAGAAGACUCAGCAAUCUGAUAAGUUUAAGACUACGAGGAUUACGCAAGCCUCGCCUGGGAACCGCUGAGUUUGGUGAUGAUGACUUCCACCGUCUGGUUAGUGGCCUACCGGAUCUGGACACACUGUCCCUGGACCCCUUUCCUAGUAAAGUCACAUCAGCUUCCCUCGCAGCGUUGGCAAAAUGCUGUCCGCGGCUCGAGUCCUGUUUCCUCGGUGGGGGGUUCCAUGUACUAGAACUUCAGAAUUAUAAAGCGCCUUUGUUUCCAACACUUGGGUCGCUUCGAGUUGGAUGCUUCCUGGAUCUCGAUGAGCAUGUUGGUGAUUCUGUCGAACUGAGUGAAGGGCGCGCAUACGAGCAUGCCCAGCAGCUCGAAAGACACUUCCCCAAGGCAGACAUCCAGGUUUCGCAACUUGGUUGGUUUCCUAACCGGGCGUCGUUCAGUUUUAAGGUGAUACGGUCAUUAAGACCCAAAAAUGAGCGGGAUUUUGGACCUGGUUCUUGA